AAACGGUAACAUGGAGUUAAUUACCCAAUAAUGAUGACACACUGUGGGAUAAUUGGAGGCAAUAAACAACGGGAGGAUGUCAUUAAAGGCGAAUUGCUGCUUACAAUUUUAAAUGAUCAUGGUUUGAAUAAAUGUGAUACAUAAAAUGUGUAUGUAUAUUAUGAGCAGUGUUUAUACUGUGAAAUCAAUACGAAUAUAAAAUAUACAGUUAACUUUGUGUUUCACCGAAAGACCAUGUAAACGUACAAAUAUAUCGUUUAAUUUUAAUUUUAUUUUUUUCUAAUUUUGCAUAGGGGUUAUCUAAUGGCAGUUUUUUCGAUGGACCGUGAAUGGACCACACGCGUUGUUGCCGUAGUGCGUCACCAAGUGUUGUCAUUCGAUGCUAGCGUUAGCCAGAUAAAUGUAGAACAUAUCAAUGCGUAUUCCACAAAUAACCAGUAUUACUUUAUUGAUUAAAGUGUUUGAAAUAUGUCCUUGAUAUCUUCAUGGAAAAUACGUUGAAAGAUUGUUAUUUUUUCCAAGAGGCUAGUUUGCUCUUGCAAGCUAAUGUAGCUAGUCACAUUUUGUAGCCAGGAACAGCUGGCUUGUUCUGUUAGCUAAAAGGUAGUUAACACAGGCAUAGGAUCUAGAAUUAAGCUUUCCAAAUGCGGCUAAAGGACCCCUUCUCUUUAAAAGCCGCAGAAAUGACUAAGCGGACAAAUAAACCAAGAAAGCCUCGAGAUGAGGAGUCAUCAGAUGAAGUCAGUGGGCUGACGUGUCAGCAUGUAAGUAAGGCCGUAGAUCUGAACUCAGUGAAGAAGUCUGUGCUGUCCAGUGUGUGGUUAGUGUGCUCUGAGUGUCUUAAAGAAAGGACCCUUACUGAGGGCGAGUCGGUAGGAUCACAUGAAAUCCUUGUCUGUCUCAAGUGUGGAUUCCAGGGUUGUAAUAAGUCAGGAAUCCAACAUGCUGUGAAACACCACCAGGCGUUCCACCCUGAGUCACAUUGCAUAACUAUAAGUCUAAGCACAUGGAAGGCCUGGUGUUUUGAAUGUAACGAGGAACUAUCCACUCACUGCAACAAGAAAGCUUUGGCUCAGACCCUGGACUUUCUACAAAAGCAGUCUGUCAAGGCAACAUCAGCAGUGUCACCUAAGACCAUCAAACUAAGAGAAGAAUCAUCAGAUUUUUCUGAUUCAUCAAGAAGCAAAAGUCCUGCAAUUAACAGCACCUUAGUUCCUGUGAAAGGCAUUACAAACUUGGGCAAUACCUGCUUCUUCAAUGCUGUCAUGCAGAACCUGGCCCAGACUCACAUGCUGAUAGAUCUAAUACAAGAAGUGAAGGAAAAGGGAUAUAAACUGAGAAUCUGCCCCCCCACUGAGGCUAAUCUGAGUCCACUCACUGUUACACUGUCUGGACCUGAACCGCUGACAGCGGCCAUGUUCCUCUUCCUUCAGACGAUGAAAGAGUCGGGGAAAGGCCCAGUCAAUCCCAAGAUUCUCUUUAAUCAGCUGUGCCAAAAAGCACCACGCUUUAAGGGUUACCAACAGCAAGACAGCCAGGAGCUUCUGCACUAUUUAUUGGAUUCCAUAAGAGUAGAAGAAACAAAGAGGGUAAAAGCAGCCAUUUUGAAGGCUUUCAACAAUCCAACUGAAAAGACAGCUGAUGAAGAAACAAAACGCCAAGUCAAAGCAUAUGGAAAAGAAGGUGUGAGAAUGAACUUUGUUGAUCGCAUUUUUGUUGGAGAACUUACAAACACAAUCAUGUGUGAAGAAUGUGAACAUAUAUCAACCGUUAAAGAGGCCUUUAUUGACAUUUCAUUGCCAAUCAUAGAGGAGCGGACCUCAAAACCAUCUAACCCUGCGCGAGUGGCUAAAGUGGUGAGAGAGCAAGACAGCCACAUAGUCCACAAUGAGCAGCUUUUCUCUGCUGCUCAUAACAAGAACAGGAGACUGAGUGGGCAGAAACUACAAGGCAAGAGAUGUUCAACCCCUUUAGAAGAUAAAGGCGCAGGUUGUGGAGUAGAGCGGUCAGAAGAGGAGGGAGUGGCUGGAGGAUCCUCUCGUGGUUUUUCAGUUUGUAAAAUGGCGUCUGCUGGUAGUCUUUCUGAUGGGAGUGACAGGGACUCUGGGGCUCAGGACAGCAGCAAUGAUGCGGACAGUGAGGCAUCAGAGAGUGAAUGGGCCCCACGCCCCCCAUCCUCAUGCCAUGGACACACCUCUUCCUCCAGCACAACCCUCACGCCAUCUCCUACUGGAAACUCUUCAACCGCAUUCAAUAACAAACCUGGAGGUGCAGUCGACCAACUUGUAUCUGCGGUGUCAAAGAUCAACAUAGGUUUACCUUCUGGAGAUUGCUCUAGCUCCACACACUGUUCCCCGGAUGAGCCACCUGAUGCACGAGACAAUAUUCACUACCCUCACCAGCAGGGGGCAUUCCAGGCACUGUCCCAGAGUUACACUCCUAGCUCCAAAGAGUGCUCGGUCCAGUCCUGCCUCCACCAGUUCACCUCUGUGGAGCUGCUCAUGGGUAACAACAAACUACUGUGUGAGAGCUGCACUGAGCGCCGACAGAAGCAGCUGCGCAAGACUGGCCCUUCAGACAAAAAAAUAGAGAAGAUUUACACCAGUGCAAGAAAGCAGAUGCUAAUAUCCUCCCUGCCUCCUGUCAUUACUUUGCACCUGAAACGCUUCCAUCAGGCAGGAAUGAACCUAAGAAAAGUAAACCGCCAUGUGGACUUCCCACUCAUUUUGGAUUUGGCUCCAUUUUGCUCAGCCUCCAGUAAAAACCUGGCAGCAGGUGAGCGAGUGCUCUACAGCUUGUAUGGGAUUGUUGAGCAUAGUGGUUCAAUGCGUGGAGGCCAUUACACUGCAUAUGUAAAAGUCCGCGCUCCACAGAAGAAAACUGAGCAUCAUAGAAACCUGUCAGGUGCCAGGGAGUCGAGCAGCAGCAGCAGCAGCAGCAGCAGCCAGGGCCAGUGGGUUUACGUCAGUGACACCACAGUACAGACCGUCCCAGAGUCUCGUGUGCUCAACUCUCAGGCCUACCUGCUUUUCUAUGAGGAACUUCUAUAACUUGCUUAAGAAUAUUUUUCCUUGUUUGCAAUGGUUAUGUAAUACAAAGUAACAUGGUACAUGCUGUACUUAUCCUCUUUAUCAAGAGGGGGGGGAAGGGAACUGACCACUGAGACCUUUAUUGUCAGCUGACAAAAAUGAUCACUUAUAGAGUAUUAUAUUGUGUGUAUGAACAAUUAAUUGUAUAUAUUACUGAUUUGCAAUUGUGUUUUUCUUAGUUCAAACUUGCAAUUUCAUUUAUUUGAAUUUUAAAAAAGAAACCCUUUAAAAUAAACAGGGAUACAAUUUAGACUUAAAGUUGUUCUUCCUAUAGGUGUAAAAUGCAUGAAAUUUACUAACAUAAAACAAGAACUGCAUGCACUACUGCACUCAGUGCUGACUAAUGAUGUCUUUGUGUGUAUGAAGAAUGAGUGAGAGACACAAGAUUGUAGAUUAAGAUGCUGUGUGUAUCAAUCUCUGCCAUUUUACGUUGUGCUUUAUCAAAUUAUCAACAAAUCAAAAUGUAUUUCUGGUUUUCAUUUAAAAUGUUAUUUCUAUAUUGGACAAGGCGUGUCAGAAAGAUUGUUACACAUAGCAUCAUCAGAGUACUAGCACAAUUAUUUAACAGACCAAUUAUAUUUUUUCAUCUUAAUGUAAUCAUGUAAUGCUAAUAUCAUUAACACAUUGCCAAAGAUUAAUACCUGACUAAACUUCUCUGUCUGUUCACAGUCAUUUUUAUGUUGUCAUUUCAACAACAUAUUAACUUUUAUCACCAUAUCUGCCUUCAUUGUAUUUAAUGUUGCUAUAAUGUGUUGACACAGUAUUCAUUUGACAAUGUACAACAAAAGGUUAAUUAGAUUUUUCCUGUGCUGUCAAUGUCAUUACUGUUACAUGCAUGAGAUCAUAUGAAUGUAUUGCCUCUUUUGAGUAUUUUUAUAUUUCCUUUUGGUGUCAAUUUGCCAAAUGUAAAAGAAAAUAUACUAAUAUAAUUGAUUUGUUUUGUCUGAAAUUUAUCAUAGGAGCUUCAGGUUUUGAAACUUGUGCACAGUGAAAAAACACACAUUUUGCAGAACAGAAUGCAAAAGUACAGUAGUUAAAGUAUGGUAGUUGAAGUACAGUAUGCAAAAGCAUAUUUUAUCUCCCAGAACAAAUGUAAAACCACUGUGGUGCUUCAGGUAUGCAGGGCUUUAUGUUUUUGUUUUGUUUUGUUUUGUUUUUUCAUGAAAGGAUUAUACAUAUUUGGAAUGUCUAAAAUACUGAAUGAAAGCAAAUAAAUCUUAAUUAUUGGAAUAAAUAUA